CUUCAUCCUCAGCGGCUUAGCGCGUUAAGUGGUUUGUGUCGGUGGGCGAUUUUUUACCGCAUAACGAAAAGAAAUCCUUGGGCGCGGGAAAGCGCGAAGCACGGAGGCCAAGUAAAAAUAUCUCCGAGUCUAACAGAGUGCGUUAAGAGAGGCAAGGAGGAUUUCUCGUGGUUGCUGUUGUUAUAUAAGUCCCUUCAAUUCGUUUUCAAUCCCGCGUUUCCAUCAAAGCCACCGCCUCUCUUCUCACUCCCACUCUCCCCUUUUUCUUGGAAUUAGACAGUAAUUUUGCCUGCUGAGAUGACUUUGAGUAACGGAAAGGUUGAUGCCCCAGUUUUCAAUGGCGAUGCAAAGAAGGCUUUCAAGGUCUUCAUAGGAUAUGAUCCCCGAGAGGAUGCUGCUUACGAGGUCUGCCGAUAUUCUCUCUUGAAGAGGUCCUCGAUUCCGGUGGAGGUCAUACCCAUCAAGCAGCCGGAUCUGAGGAGCAAGGGCCUUUACUGGCGCGAGCGUGGCCCGACUGAGAGCACAGAGUUCUCUUUCAGUCGGUUCUUGACUCCACAUCUUGCCGAUUUCGAUGGCUGGGCAAUGUUCGUGGACUGUGACUUUCUUUACACGGCAGAUAUAAAGGAAUUGACGGAUCUGAUCGAUGAUAAUUAUGCAAUUAUGUGUGUUCACCAUGAUUAUGCGCCCAAAGAAACCACCAAGAUGGAUGGGGCUGUGCAGACUGUUUACCCACGAAAAAACUGGUCGUCCAUGGUGCUUUAUAACUGUGGGCAUCCCAAAAAUCGGAUCUUAACGCCCGACGUGGUGAAUUCGCAGACAGGUGCUUACCUUCACAGGUUCAUGUGGCUGGAGGAUCAUGAGAUUGGGUCGAUCCCCUUUGUAUGGAAUUUUCUAGUGGGUCAUAAUAAGGUCGAUGAGAACGACCCGGCAGCGUUCCCUAAGGCCAUACAUUAUACUUCUGGUGGCCCUUGGUUUGAGUCCUACAAGAAUUGUGAGUUUGCAGAGCUGUGGGUGAAUGAAUUGGAAGCAUACAAGAAAGAAAUGAAGCAGGUUUGAAUGAAGAAGAAGAAAAUGUGGUAGAUUAAAUAGUUGCAGGUGACAUAAAAUGUAUUGAUUUCUUUAGCAGUAUCUGGCGAAGGUUCUUUUUUCUGUGUUUCCUAAUUCUUUUGUUGUAUUUCUUUAAUGCUUUUAUUGCCAAAUUUGAUGUUUGAUGGAGAGGUAUACUAUUCCUCAGUGAACACAUAGGACAUAGGCAUUGCAGGUAUCUGGUCUAUGUAAUGUUUCAUUACUUCCUUUUCUUCAAUAUCAUUGUAAUUGAAAGCUUAUUAUGAAUGAAUAUUAAUUAGUGUAAAAAUUGUUUCCGUUUU